ACCACGCCGUCUCUCUUGCCCAGCAUGUUCGCACGCGGCAUCUCUCGUUCUCUCCCCCGGAGCGGCGCGCUGCGUCGCGCCAUGUCCUCCAACGCCCCACGCUCCUCCUCCUCUGCGCAGCAAACGCGCAUCGCCGCCGCCGCCGGCGGCGCAGCGCUCGUGGGCCUGCUGGCGUACGCUGCUUCCAGCCGCGACACUGCAGCCGUCGAGGGCGGCAAGGCAAAGCGAUUGAGCUACUCGGAGCGCAUGCGGCCGAGAGGCGAUGGAAAGAUUAGCAUCCCGUGGCCCAAGGAGGAGCCGGAGGAGGAGGAGCAAGAGGAGGCGGCCGUCGAGGAGGCGGGAGAGCCACUGCAAGCUCUCGAAGCCGAAGCCUCGCAGCAGUCGGCCUUCGAUCCCGAGACCAACACGAUCAACUGGGACUGUCCGUGCCUGGGCGGCAUGGCCGACGGGCCGUGCGGCGAAGAGUUCAAGCUGGCCUUCUCCUGCUUCGUCUUUAGCGAGGCCGAGCCAAAGGGCAUCGAGUGCGUCGCCAAGUUCCAGGGCAUGCAGGACUGCUUCCGCCGGCAUCCGGAGAUCUAUGCCGAGGAACUCAAGGACGAGGAGUGGGAAGAGGCAGAGCGCGAUGGUGCCGCGCCCGAGACGGGCAGCGAUCUUAGCGCCGCCGCGCCGGGCACGCAGGAGCACAGCGACUAGGCGCCUCGCGACUAGAUGCGUCGCGCCGCUGCAAUGCCACCACUCAAAACGGAGGAAGAAUGACGUCGUGAUUGCGGUAACAGGCCAGAAGUGACAGUGACGGGGAGUGCCAGACGGGACAGCUGCGGGACGGUGGUGGUGCGUGACAGGUGAGGACGAGGCGUGCAGACGGGCGAGGCGAGCAAAGGCGCCUUGCACGGGCCGGCG